AUGAGGCGGUCGGAAGGAUGGGAUGCCCUCGAAAAUUGGGGCACGAGCGGCUGCAAUCUUCCGGCGCUUACGCCCCAUCAGGAAGCUAGCUACGGCCAGGUGGUAUCAACUACCGGCGGCAGCCAGCGCAGCGAUGGGCUCAACGUCGAGGGCAAGUACAUCGUCGUCCUCAAGCCCACCGUCUCUACUGAGGAGGCCGAGUCUCACUUGAGCUGGGUGAACGAUGUGCACAAACGUAGCUUGGGACGCCGCGACCUGACCGGUGUCGAGUCCACCUACGACCUUCCCGGUUUCCACGGCUAUGCCGGACAAUUCGACGAGUCUACCCUCGAGGAGAUCAAGAACAACCCCGACGUCCUUGAGGUCGAGGCCGACCAGAUCUUCACCCUCUCCGCCACCGUCACCCAGUCGAGCGCCACCUGGGGCCUCGGCACCAUCUCCAGCAGGAGCCGCGGCGCCUCCACCUACCGCUACGACGACUCCGCCGGUGCCGGCAGCUACGCCUACGUCGUCGACAGCGGCAUCAACAUUGCCCACACCGACUUCGGCGGCCGCGCCACCCGCGGCUUCAACGCCGCCGGCGGUACCUUUGAGGACACCUUCGGCCACGGCACCCACGUUGCCGGCACCAUCGGCGGCCGCACCUACGGUGUCGCCAAGGCCGCCAACCUCAUCGACGUCAAGGUCUUCAUCGGCCGCGAGUCCACCACCUCCAUCAUCCUCAACGGAUUCAACUGGGCCGUCAACGACAUCGUAAGCAAGGGUCGCCAGAGGCGCGCCGUCAUCAACAUGUCCCUCGGCGGCGGCUUCUCUACCGCCUUCAACACCGCCGUCCGCUCCGCUUUCAACUCUGGUGUCCUCAGCGUCGUCGCUUCCGCCCUCACUGUCGGCGCCGUCAACUCCAACUGGGCCGAGGACACCUACUCCAACUAUGGCGCUGCCGUCGACAUCCUCGCCCCUGGUACCUCCGUUCUCUCCACCUACAUUGGCUCCACCAGCGCCACUUCUACCCUCACCGGCACUUCCAUGGCUACCCCUCACGUUGUCGGCCUUGCCCUCUACCUUGCCGUUCUUGAGAACAUCAACACUCCCGCUGCCCUCAAGGCUCGCAUCCUCGCCCUCGGCACUGCCAGCGUCACCAGCCGCAGGUCUGGCAGCCCCAACCUCAUUGCCUACAACGGCAUUGCCUAA